UUGCAUCCAUGAAGAUAGAGCAGGAGAAGAGGUAUGCUCUCCUUUUAGCGGCCAAGGACUCGGACUACGUCACGAAGAUGUAUAAUGGCUACUUCAACGUGUUUGUACAAGCCUUCGGGGAGGAAGGUGAGAGCUGGGACUUGUUUAGGGUGGUGGAGGGAGAGUUUCCCGACAUGGAAGACCUCGACAAGUAUGAUGGCUUCGUCGUCAGCGGCAGCCCUUAUGAUGCCUAUGGCAAUGACCUGUGGAUCCUGAGGCUGUGCUUUCUUCUCCAAACGUUGCAUGCCAUGCACAAGAAAGUUCUAGGGAUUUGCUUUGGCCACCAAGUUAUAUGCCGCGCGUUGGGCGGUCGGGUUGCCAAGGCUGGUGGAGGUUGGGAUGUCGGGAUCAGGAAGGUGAUCAUGGUGGACGAUGACAUGCCUCGCCCUAAGCUCUUCGAUCGACUGGGAGAGACCCCACCCUCCGCUUUGAUCAUCGAAUGCCACCAAGACGAGGUGUGGCAAGUUCCGGUGGGAGCUGAAGUGAUCGGCUUCUCGGAGAAGACCGGCGUGGAGAUGUUCUGCGUCGGAGAUCACAUCCUAGGCAUUCAAGGACAUCCCGAGUACGGCAAGGACAUACUCUACAACCUCAUGGAUCGUCUUGUUAGCAGUGACUGUAUCAAUGGAUGCUUUGCCGAUGAUGUGAAGGCGAGCUUGGAGGAGGCUGAACCAGAUAACCAGUUCUGGGAGAAGCUGUGCAAGACCUUCCUCAAGGGUAACAACAAUGAGAUCUGCUGUGCAGUAAAAGUUGACUGAGGAGAUGAUCAACAUAGAUCUCUAAGUUGGUCACCUUCUUACAUAUGAUGUACCGAUGAAAAUGAGUAUUCCAUAUCAAUGUGUAUGAUUGGAUAAAAGAUAUGUGGUUAUCUUAUGAAUUGCAUUUCAAA